CAAUACCUUAACAGAAAGAGAGAAAAGGUUUCUUUUCUUGUAUUAUUAGUCUGGUUUCAGCUAACAGAGAAAAUGGGCUCAGCAUACCCAAGCUCAAGUCGGUCACCCUUCAUUUCUUAUGCAUACAUUUUUCUUGCUGUCUUCUUUAUUCUCUCAAAUGCCCCAUGUGAAGCUCAGCUAUCUUCAAAAUUCUACGAUAAUACCUGUCCAAAAGCACUCAGUACCAUCCGGACAGCCAUCAGGACAGCUGUAUCACGGGAGCGUAGAAUGGCGGCGUCUCUAAUUCGUCUCCACUUCCACGAUUGCUUUGUUCAGGGCUGUGAUGCAUCAAUCUUGCUUGAUGAUUCCGCUACCAUUCAAAGUGAGAAAAAUGCACCCAACAACAACCAUUCAGUUAGAGGGUUCGAAGUCAUAGACAAUGUCAAGUCUCAGGUGGAGAGCAUUUGUCCGGGCGUUGUUUCUUGUGCAGACAUUCUUGCAGUCGCAGCUAGAGAUUCAUCUGUUGCUGUUGGAGGGCCAACAUGGACAGUGAAGCUCGGAAGAAGAGACUCCACCAGUUCAGGGCUCAGCCAAGCAGCAGCCAACCUUCCUAGCUUUAGAGACGGCCUGGACAAGCUUGUUUCCUUGUUCAGUAGCAAAGGUUUAAAUACAAGAGAAAUGGUUGCUCUUUCAGGUUCUCAUACAAUAGGGCAAGCAAGAUGUGUGACAUUCCGCGAUAGAAUACACGACAAUGGAACUAACAUUGAUGCUGGCUUUGCUAGCACUCGGAGGCGUAGGUGUCCUGUUGAUAAUGGGAAUGGUGAUGACAAUCUUGCACCCCUGGAUUUGGUGACACCCAAUUCUUUUGAUAACAAUUAUUUCAAGAAUCUCAUUCAAAGAAAAGGCCUUCUUCAAUCAGAUCAGGUACUUUUUAAUGGAGGAUCUACGGACAGUAUUGUGACCGAGUAUAGUAAGAGCCGUUCAACUUUUAGUUCGGAUUUUGCAGCUGCCAUGGUGAAGAUGGGAGAUAUUGAUCCUCUCACUGGUUCCAACGGGGAGAUACGAAAACUCUGCAAUGCCAUAAACUGAUUUGUACCCAAGCUUCUUCAUUCAAAAUCCAAGUGUUGAUAGUGUCUUUUGAAUGUUUUUUCAAUUUCUUCCUUUAUUUUGAUUUGUCAUAGUGAAAAUUAACGUCAUUCUUUAAUUCUA